GCGCGAAACACCAAUCGAGUUGAUGGGGCACUGGCGCAUUGAAGCGAACGACAUGGCUGCCGACGGAGGGGGCCCGGAAAUGCAUGGGAAGAUUAUGUGUCUCCAUGGGAUGAAGGGAGACUCCCAAGCGAUGAUGCUAGACGACGACGACGACGGCGCUCUCACAUUCCUGGACAAGCCCGGCAUGGUCAAGAUGCACAUGUGCAUGGAGUGCGGCAGUGUGUUCACCAAGCCAUCGCAUCUGCGACAGCAUGAGCUGAGUCACCAGGGGAAGUCCUUCAUGUGCGAUGUCGAGGGGUGCGAGAAGAUGUACACGCGGAAAGAUCACUUGACGCGGCACAUGAAGAUGGAGCAUCCGUCGAGUCCGGCCGCCGCCGCCGCCCAGUCCACGCCGUUCACAUGCGCCUUGUGCCACCAAGACUUCAAAUACAAGCACGGCCUCACUCGCCACAUGAAGGACAAGCACGACGCGUCCAACGCCGCGUACAUGUGCGCCACAUGCCAGCAAACGUUCAAGAAGAAGAGUCUCCUUCAGCAGCACUCGUACGUCCACACUGGCGACGCGCCAUUCCCAUGCGCUCAUUGCGACGCGGCGUUUCUUAAAAAGUUCCAGCUGGACGCGCACACUCGGCGGUUCCACACGCCCGCGGUGCUUAUGGAGUUUGGGAAUGAUGUCAAGGGAAGGUUACUGGUGGAACAAGUACCAGUAGAGUGCCCAAUAUGCCAUCAGUUCUUUGCCUCGAAUAAGACUCUGCAGUCGCAUAUUCAGGCAGUACAUGGCCACCCGCCCAAGUCAGUUGCAUGUCCAGACUGCGGAAAUGAGUACUCCACCCGCGCCAAUCUCAAUAAGCACCGCCGCGUGGCCCACCCAACCACCACCACCACCUCCACAUACUCAUGCGAGUUGUGCCAUCGCUCCUUCCAUUACAAGCACGUGAUGCGAAGACACAUGGACGCGAUACAUCGUACCCCCCGAAACCCCGAAACCCCGAAACCCCGAAAGCGGAAGGAACUAGAUCAUGACGCCAUCCGAGCCAAACUGCUGGGCACAUGACACACACACUCUGAUUGUAUCUAGUAAACCAACCAGUAGCGUUUAUAUUAGGAAAAUGAUUGUGGGGGACUUUGCUGAUUCGCCAAAUAUACUGUAUCGAUG